AUGCGGCCCGCAGCACGACGGAGCUACUAUAGGCAGACGCCACAAGCCUCCAAAAUGGCCAUGUUGCAACACAGAUACCAGCGGGCCCAGAGACGAAAAAUGGCGGCAGGCCUAUCGGGCACACUCCCUUGCUCACAAAUUAAAUCGUCCGGAAUUACAAAACAGCCGUCGCAAACAAGCAAAUCACCUGAUCAAAAUUCCGGCAUCCAGCGCAGCAUGAACCGACUCCACGCACAGAACGAGACAACACAAGCGACUGUGCGGCAGCAGACUCCACGGGGCACCGCCAGAGCCGACUCCCGAAGCAGCGUCAGCAAGCCAAGGGGCGACACUGGAAAGGCACAUAGGGAAAAAGUCUGGCUCUUACCAGCAAUAGUUAUCGGUUGA